CAAGAAUCGCUUACAGAGCGUUAAGAAGAGAAGGGGAGAAAGGAUUUCUGAAGUUUGGUGGUGGAUUACUACAGCGAACAUUGCAAAUUGGGAAGAAAGAGAGUAGAAGAAAGACUUUCUUUCGUGGAGAAGAGAAGGAAGAAGAAUCUGAAACUUUGAUACGCACGGUCGAAGUACUCCUACAAUGGACUGCUUAAAGGAUGUUUCUGUUUGUCACCAUGAAAUGAGAAAACCUAAAGUUCAAGAUUCUUUGUAUUGGGGAAAGCGAAAGAGUGACCAAAACGUGGUAGCUGAGGGUGGUGGGCUAAAUAAGUUUUCUAAUGAUGGAAACUUUAUGCAAGAUUUCGUUAACAAGUGCAAAUCAAUUGGCAGCCAAGGCUAUACAACUUCGUUUGAAGGGAAAACAUGAAGAAGCUGAAAAACUGAUGAGAAUGCAAAACAAGGAGUAUAGCGUUUCCACUCAGGCUUAUGAUGAGCAUGAUUUUGAGGAUGGUCCGAGCAGAAAGAGUAGAAAGAAGAACGUGGGUGAUGAUAGUAAGACCCAAAAAAAGACUAAUCGGUUCUUGGCUCAGCAAGAACGCUGCCUCUUUUGUUUAGAAAAUCCAAAUCGUCCUAUGCAUCUUGUUGUUUCAAUCGCAAAUUUCACAUAUCUUAUGUUGCCACAGUGGCAGCCCGUGGUUCCUGGUCAUUGCUGCAUCUUGCCAAUUCAGCAUGAAUCUGCUACGAGAACCGUACACGAAAAUGUGUGGACAGAAAUUAAAAAUUUUAAAAAGUGCCUAGUUAUGAUGUUCGCGAAGCAAGGGAAGGAGGUAGUGUUUAUUGAGACGGUGAUGGGAUUGGCCCAGCAACGAAGGCAUUGUAUGGUUGAGUGCAUCCCUUUACCCCAAGAUAUUGCCAAAGAGGCUCCUUUGUACUUUAAAAAGGCUAUUGAUGAAGCUGAAGAUGAGUGGAGUCAGCACAAUGCCAAGAAACUGAUUGAUACAAGUGAGAAGGGAUUGCAUAAUUCAAUUCCAAUGCACUUCCCAUAUUUUCACGUUGAAUUUGGUGUAAAGAAGGGUUUUGUUCAUGUUAUCGACGACGAGAAAGAAUUUAACAGCAGGCUUGGGUUGAGUGUGGUAAGAGGCAUGCUACACUUGACAGAGGAGGACAUGUGUAGGCGACGACGCUACAAGGCUAUGGAGGUACAAAAGCAAGAAGUUGCAAGUUUUUUCAAAGAGUGGAAACAUUUUGAUUGGACAAAACAGCUUCAAGACCGUUUCUAAUCAACAUUGUU